CUCUGCCUCCUUCCUCUUGGUGCAGCGAUGAAAGGAGAUGAGACCGCGGAUGUGCUAUAAAACCGUUUGUUAGACCUGAGAUAUUUUACCGCCAGCAAGAAGCCUGGUGAGCCCGCACCUCCCCGCUGUUUUUGUCGAAGAUAGAAAAUAUCUGCGUCAGAGGGGGACCUGAGUUAGCUGAGGGAGAGGGAGAGGGGGGUUUGUCGGCCCGCUGCAGUCUGAAUCACCGGAGACUCGCCCCACCGCUGGUUAGUCGUCGACGUCGUUUGUCUGUGGACUUGCGCAUCCUCUCAGAGGCAAAGAGCACCGGGAGGGGACGGGGGAAAGAGCCGUUUUUUGACUACCCUGCGCUGCUUGGCAGGGUAUGCUAAAGAAUGACCCAAAGGGACACACUGGUUCAUUUGUUCGCUGGAGGAUGCGGUGGUACAGUGGGCGCCAUUUUAACUUGUCCUCUGGAAGUGGUGAAGACCAGGCUGCAGUCCUCUUCCGUUACACUCUACGUCUCUGAGGUUCAGCUCAGCACAGUCAACGGAGCCAGUGUUGCCCGUGUUUCCCCGCCGGGGCCUCUGCACUGCCUCAAGUUAAUUCUAGAGAGAGAGGGACCUCGUUCACUCUUCAGAGGACUGGGUCCUAACCUUGUAGGUGUGGCACCUUCCAGGGCGAUAUACUUUGCGGCCUACUCGACAGCCAAGGAGAAGCUUAAUGGAGUGCUGGAGCCAGACUCUACCCAGGUGCAUAUGGUGUCGGCUGGGAUGGCAGGGUUCACCGCCAUCACAGCCACCAAUCCCAUCUGGCUGAUUAAAACCCGUCUGCAGCUGGACUCCAGGAAUCGUGGCGAGCGGCGUAUGAGCGCUUUUGAGUGCAUACGACGAGUGUACCAGAUGGAUGGCUUACGAGGUUUCUACAGAGGUAUGUCAGCCUCAUACGCUGGCAUCUCUGAGACUGUUAUCCAUUUUGUCAUCUAUGAAACUAUCAAGCGAAAAUGGCUUGAGUACAAGGCUCAGGCCAGCAUGGACGAAGAGGAGGAAUCUGUCAAAGAUGCCUCUGACUUUGUGGGGAUGAUGCUUGCAGCUGCCACCUCCAAGACCUGUGCUACCUCCAUCGCCUAUCCUCAUGAGGUGAUCCGCACACGACUACGAGAGGAAGGCAGCAAGUACCGCUCCUUCUUCCACACUCUGCUCACAGUAUCCAAGGAAGAGGGAUACCGGGCGCUGUACCGUGGCCUAACCACUCAUCUCGUCAGACAGAUUCCCAACACGGCCAUCAUGAUGUGUACAUAUGAGGUGGUGGUCUAUCUACUUGGCUGUUAGCCUAUCGUGAAUGUCUCUGCUCUGUUUAAACAUGGAGACCGUUAAGUGACUGAGAAAGAUGACCUUUUGCUGGAAACAGUGGCUAUGAAACGUCAAAAUGAAGAUUAAAGGAAACCCGAAGACACUCGUGUGGACCAGAAAAUGACAAAUUGAAAAAAGAUGAAGAAAGAGACAGGACCAUAUCGGCAUCAUCCCCACCAGCUCCCUUUGUUAGACUGCUGAAACGGCUAUAGAGUAAUGUUGGCAGAGGAGGUAACAUGGCCAGAAGUGCGGAGGCACUGACAGGGAAGCCACAGAAACAGUUUGGCACCUUGUGUCAACUCAAAGUUUAUUCAGUGUUCAGUGGACCUAACAGAAAGGAUUUAGCUGGCAUCCUUCUCUUUAGACAGAAGAUAAACUUUUUUCUUUUUUUUUAAAACUUUUGUAGAGAUACCGUGGGAGGAGAGUGCUUGGAGGCAAUUCAACUUGACAAGACAGAUGGAAACUAAAUGUAGGUCACUUUGAGUAAUCCAAAAAUCUCUGUUUGCUAUGUUUAGUCUGCACUUGCCUUAGUGCUGUGAUACCCCGGUACGAUUAACUGACUAGCAGCUGAGGCAGAAUGUUAGAAGGAAAGUUCGUAUGAUGUAAAGACGUCCCCUGAGCCACACACCGUUGCACUACAGAGAGCGUGGCUUCAAGCAUUCUCCUCCUAUGUCCCCUAGAGGGCCUGAAUCUCACACACAGCCAUGCAGAAACUGGCCAAAUACAAUGAAACACAAUGAUGAGCUUGUGAUAGUGACUGUCACUUGAGCACGUGACUGUGACACUAGUCAGUGUUGAUGAAGACUAUGUCAAAACGCUGGCCUCCAUUCAGUGUUUUAUUCCUCUGUGACGCAGUGCCUGGUGGUGACAUGUUUUUGCUGAAGGUGGCCUUCACCGUUUCAGUGUCGCUUGUUUGUAUCGUCGUUGUUCACAACUACCACCCAGCUGAAAUUAUUUAACUUGUUAGGGGCAUGAAGCAUGGGCAAAGGUAUAAACACGAUAAAUCUGGGUGUUGAUUGGGAUCACUUUCUUUGAAAUUGUGAGUUUUUAGUCUUAGGCGGUCUUACUAGUGCACUAUUUGGUAAAAAUUGAAAUCCGAUUGUUUCCAAGGCCAACUUUUGUCUCCGGUCACUGCUUAGGGCUUAAAAAUCUUUGAUAAAAACACGAGACCAACGUGUCCUGUUACUGAUGUGAAGCAUGCAACGCAACAAAAGGUACCAAGUAUCUUCUAUUAGCGUUGCUACUUGAAUAUAAUGUGACGGUUCGGGGAAAUAUUGGAGUCGGAGCAGAGUGAUGGAGUUUUAUCACCCCAUAGCCUGUUUGUACGUGAGUGUGUCUUUAUGUUUGUGUGUGUGUGUUUGAACAAUUUACAUGAUCUGUGUGUCCGUGCAUUUGCAGGCCUUUGCGCCUGCAUGUAUAAUAAAUAAUAACUACUCCAGAUCUCCCUCCACUAACUAUUAAUCCUGCAAGACACUGGUUUGGAGUACGGAGAAUCUCCUUUAUGAUACUGGGAGCUUUCAUUCCCACUUUCAUUCCAGUGCUUGCUUCCAGUGGCUUCCAACCGACCCGAUAACAUGCACUUUUGUGGCCUUUUAGGCUUGUGCUUUGCAUUUUUAUUGUGUGGACAGGUUAAACUUGUACAUUGUAAAGGAAAAAAAGUAUUACUGUAUAUCAAAAUGGUAUUUUGCGCAACUGUUCCUAGAGCAGAUCUAUUGUACAGUUAAGAGUUGUCUGUAGUUGUGAAGGAUGUCCACAUGUUUGUAAAUAAUAUAGAUACUGUGUAUGCAUAUCAAAUUUUUUUUCCUUUUUUCCCCCACCCUUAGACCCGUUUCUGAUCAUGCUGUAGUUUGCAUUAGCAAAUGAUUGUUUUCAUGGCUUUGACAUGAAUAUUGAUGUUGCUUGACUGAUUUUUCUUGUGUUUGUGUGUUGCUGUAAGCUGUCGCGCUUACACGUAGUUUCCAAAAGCUGCUCAACCAAUACAAAAUGUAAGCAUAUGAGCCACAGUAUUGUUUUGUCGUCCAUCAAAGUGUUCCAGUUUGCAACGUUUGGAUGUUUCUGUCAUUUUGUCUGUUUACAUUGUUUCGUACCUUCUAUCAGAUUUUGUUUGGUUCUCCUCAGUUUUUUUUUUUUUUUUAAGAAUAUAAAAAUGGAAGUUAAUUUAUUGUGAGCUUAAAAACUGGAAUCAUCUUUCUGUGAUGGUACCAUUGCUGCGUAGGAUGAUUACAAAUUUUGUUACGGGAAAGGUUUAUUGGUGAGACUGUGAAGUUGCCCGUUUAACUGACCACUUGAAGAGGUUCACGAAAAGAUGACCUUUUGGUAAAAUUUGGCACUUAUUAUCUUUCAAAUUGUGUUUAAGCUUUAAUCAGAAUUUCCCUUGCAUACAGAAUUAUGUCAAGUUUAACAAAGCACUGUGCUUUUCCCCAAAGUAUUUUUCUCCAGUUAAAAGAAAAGAAAAUCUAAUAAUUGAUGCAUUGUGUUCUUGAACACUCAUUUCCCUCAUUUGAGUUGCAGCAUCAUUUCAGAGGCAAACUGAAGUGUUGUAACUUGUUAUUGAUAUUUAGUCUCCACCGAGUUGCAGCCCCUCCCCCUAAUUAAACAAAACAAAUCAAAACAUGCUAACCAAUUUUAACAUCCCAUGUUUUUCCUAAAAACACUAACUAGCUGUUUUUCUUCAGACAACUGGACAAACAGUGCAAACAUUUACAUUUUGUUACCUCUAAUUUCAAAGGCUGAAUGCAAUUUAUUGUCUCUAGCCUGUGUGCUCGGUCAGAAUGCAGACUCAAGUUGGGUUUACUGAAAACCCAACUUGAAGCUUGUUCUUGUCCAGUUCAGUCAUGAAAAUGUUUGUUUUUGUUUUUUAAAGCAAAAUUAAAUAAACAUUCAUU